AUGUUACUUGAAUGUGGACGUGUGGUUCGAGCAACAACCGCCAUAAAUGCUCCACACCACAUCAGUAUCUUCCUGGGGCUGGCAGCCACCUACAGCUACCGCUGGUUGCGCGUCCAGCACACGCAUGUUGACGAUGGUGGGGCUCAGCGCUUUGGAGCUCCAACCGGAGACCCUAUGCGCAGGGGAUAUACUGAUAGACUCGAGUAUUUUUGCCGCGCAUUCGUGGCUGGCGACGCACGAGGACACCGCGUUGGCGUGGUAACGAGAGUUGAUGCCACAGAAGGUGUCGAGUAUCCGGUCUCUGUCGACACUGAAGACGCCCUACCUACCGACAUGAUGGUAAAGCGUGUGGGAGACCAGUUUGGCAACAAAUUCUCCCCAGAAGCCACGAAGUGGCGAAAGCUACGGACGUUUCAUCUGACCUCAGGAUCAUUUUCGGCUCCGUCUCGGUCCAGCGCGCUGAAUAUGGCCCUUCAAGGUGCAGUGCAGACCUCUAUCGAAUCCACUUACGAGGCACUUCGUCAUAUGCGCGAGGAAAUUGUUUCCGAGAGCUCUCAUUCAGGAAGGUCCAGUUUGGAAGAGCCUGAACCCGAUUUGGUUUUUUUGCCGAGGUUCAGCGCUACGGAUCUCGACGUAACGGAGGCAACAGACCUGCAAUCACCAACUACACCAACCAAACAAUCGAGUCAACGCGAGGAAAUUUCCAAACGAUCGUCACUUAGCCAGAUUAUAAACUUAGUGUCCUCGGAUGAUGAAGCGGCUAUGAACGACACGACUACAAUCUCUGACGACAAGGUGGCGGAGGCACUGGCCUACGCCAAAACCGUACCAACACGAUACAAACGGCACAAGAUGCGACAUCAUCGGAAGUCUCGCGUUGUGGACUGGCACCAGCCGAUAUCGCGGGUGAGGCGCAAUUUGGCAAGAUGUGCGAUUACAAGGAGUGGUAUCCAGAUUUACCACGCGAAAACUUUAAAAGCCGUCCAGAUUCAGAGUUUCUUGCGGAAACUAGGUGUCAGAGCGCGCUUAAUUUGCCUAAGAGCUAGGCGUGAAUCAUUUCCAACGCCUACAGCCAAACCUUCGGCUCCUACGCUUACAGAGGUGCCGUGGCCUACCGAAAUUAAGAGGAUCGACACGUGCAUAACGAACGGCGUGAAAUUUCAAGACAUUGGGGGUGUACACAAGUGUGGCUGUACCGUAGAUUGCUUCGUGGACGACAACCUCGACGUAGGAGACGUACUCGGGGAAUACUGCGGAGAGCUUACCGAGUUCCCAGCUAUCGUGGAGGGUCAAGCUAAGCAAGCUGUAAAGCAGAACAGCGGGUACACUCUACUCUACAACGCGAAAUCCAAAACCCGCAAAUACGUCUACGUUGAUGCACUGCACUGCGGUAGCAUAACUCGGUUCAUCAGCCACGCCUGCGACCCUAACGCAGCUUUUGUCGAGCAGCAGAAUCGUUCAAGGGUGAAGGUUAUGGUGACGAUGACUAAAGACGUUCAGGCUGGGGCAGAGAUUACUGUGAACUACGGCGACGAGCGCUGGUUUAAGUGCGCAUGCGAGGAUUGCUGGCAGGCGAAUGCGGAACAGGAAGAAUAA